AUGGCUUCACAGUUCAGAGAAACCUUUAGGUCCACAUCAUCAUCAAAUGACUUUGAAUUAGACUACGCAGAGUUUAUUUCAACCCAGGCUUCUGCUAUGCAGUGGGGAGAAGACAUCUCUCACUUAGCAAGUUCUCAGGUCAGUGUUUCUCCAAACAACCAUGGCUCCCUGGCAAAGCAGGAGCUGCAAACACUCUGGGCAAUGUUCACCUCUUGGUUGCAGCCAGAGAAGCAGAGCAAGAAGCAGAUGAUCUCUCAACUGGUCUUGGAGCAGUUUCUCCUCACUGGGCACUGCAAGGACAAGUUUGCUUUGACAGAGAAGUGGAAAUCCAGUGGCAGAAACAUGAGGAGAUUCAUGGAGGGGCUGACUGAUAAGUACUUGAAGCCUCCUGUCAUGGUCCAUGUAGCCAUGCACGGGCAGGAAGCCCUCUUUUCUGAGAACAAGCCCUUAAAAGAAGUCAUCGCACAUUUGGAGCAACAGAAGGUAGCAACAACUCCCGCACAAGAGAACACAAGGGCACUCUUGGAGAUCCCCAAAGAUGUGUUCUUGGCAGCAGGGGAGUCAGGCUGGACAGAAGAGGGCUGCCGUGUGAUUCUCUACUUGUGUACAGUUUUAUCAAUUGUCUUAUUUGUCACAGGACAUGAAAAUACAGACGAUGGCUGCCAACCCCCUUGGAACACUAGUGUUGGAAGUGACGGUGUUAAUAGUGCUGGAACUGUGAGGGAUUCCCUUUGCACCUUCCAGAGAGUGCAAUAUCAGGAGUUUGAAGACAGGGAUGUUUCUUAUGGAGUCCCACAGGUUUCCAGAAGAGUGACUCAAGAUACUUCCAGGUCCCAGGAAGUGUCCCUGAGGGCACCUUCUUCUGAAGAGGUCCUUCUGGAGGUACAGCCAGUGUUUCUCUCCCUCACCGAGCAGUCUGAGGAGACUGGAGACGGCUACAAUGCUACUGAUGUGAGUGGCGGGGUUAUUCGUCUCACAAGUGAGGGAGAUUCCAUUUUCAUUAUCCAGGGAGAGCAGUACUCUGUACCUGAUGUGGAAGGCGUUUCUUACAGAGAGCCUCAGGAUUUAAGAAUACCAGUGUGCAGUACCCGCAGGUCCCUAGACAUGUCUCUGUGGGCAGCUUCUCCUGGAGUUGUCCCUAUGGAGGUCCCAGGCUUCCUCUGCAGGCCAGAGCAAUCUACCCCUAAGUCUGUCCCUCUUUUCCAGAAUCAUGAGGCAAAUUCCACCUUUAAGGGUAACCAAGAGAGACUCCAGAGAGACCCAAACCAUACAAAUGCGAGGAAUGUCCCAGAACCUUCAAAUAUCCCUGCAACCUCUCCAUCCACCCGAAAAUCCACAAGAAGGAGAGGCCAUUCUUCUGUAAGGUGUGCCAGACAGGCUUUCACCAAGUCUCGGAACUUCGAGUUCAUGAGGUCAUACACAAGGCAGGGAAGCCUUUCACAUGUGAUGCCUGUGGAAGGGCCUUCCGAUACAAGACCAACCUGCAGGCUCAUGAGAGGAUCCACACAGGAGAGAAGCCAUACUCCUGCUCCCUGUGUGAUAGCAGCUUCCGCCAGUCAUCCACAUACCACAGUCACCUCAGGAAGUUCCACAAAUCAGAAUGAAGCGCUCACACCUCCGGGUGAGCAGGGAUUCAGCCUCAGGGUCUCAUCUGCACAUUAG